AUCGCCAUGGAAGGCUUUGCGCGCACGCUUCUCGGCUUAAAUGAGGCGAACGAUGAGAUUCGUCACCAAGCAGAAGUAGCCUUCGGUCAAUACACUCAGGAUGCGGACACAUGUAUUCCAAUGUUCAUCAGUACCAUGCAGUCCGUGGACGAUGCAAAU